AUGUCUCCAAAAUGCCCAGACAGACUGUUACCAAAGAUCCAAUGGAAGAAUCAGGAUCAAUAUGUCAACUAUGGGAAGAAGCUCAAUCUUAAUCAGAUUGGAGCAACUGUUCCACCUACUGUUCCAGCUAUAGUUCCUGGAGCUUCAGCAUCCACAAGUGGAGCAUCAAGUGGCAGCAGUGGUGCUCAAGUGCGCCAAGGAUUUGAUGCAACUCAAGCUCAAACUCCGCAAGCUGUGAAAACUGGAUACUUUGAUACGUCAAAUGUCUUUCACAAUGCUAUCAAGGGAAAGGAUGAGAAUGGCAAUAAUGUCUAUCUUAUCCCAUGUCCUGCUGGUACAACAAAUGUCAAACUUCAAGCCGACUGGCACUAUGCUAGUGAAGAUGAAGAUUUGCCUGAUCUUGCUACUGAAGCAGAUCGAGGUCUGCAGUUUAUUCAAAACCGCAGAAAACAAAAGGGCAUGGGAGAAGAAGUAUGGGCCAUUUCACAGCAUAACACCGCCUAG